AUGAGCAAGCCUGCCUUAUCUGACUGGGUUUACCAGGACCACCACCAGUGGUGGACUAAAGAAACCCGCAGAUGCUUGGUGUUGACAGAUGCUUUGGGUUUGGAACGGCAGCCACAAUUCCACCUCACCACCUAUAUUUUCGGUUUCCGAGCAUACUCUAGGCUGCUCCUAAAAUUUUAUCUUUUUGAAGGAAACGUAAAUUGUCUUGACAUUGUUGAGCAGGUAUUUACAGUAUUCUGUUUAACUGUUUUACGUGGAGAAGAUGAAUUUGGUGUUAUCGGACAAAACUUCAUGACAGGCCAUCACAUUGUUUUUGAUCGUGAAAAUAUGAAGUUGGGUUGGUCACGUUCCAACUGUCAAGACGUGAGUGACAAAUCAGGCAUACAUCUCGCACCACCUCCCAGUAGUGGAUCUCAGAUUCCAUUGCCGACAAAUGAGCAACAGCACAACAAUAAUACAGAAGCAGUUGUUCCAGCAGUCGCAGAAAGGGCUUCCACAAAGGCUUCUUGGGCUUCGCCACUGCAAAUUCCCACCCUGCUCUGCAUAUUCAGUCCAUUCCUACUGCUGCUGCUAAGGUUUUUACUUUAACCGUAACUCCAUAAUCAUUUCUCAUGUAAAUCCUAUCAAUUCUUGUCAGCUUUACCAAAUAAGGAACAUCGUACCAAUUUUUUUCUUUUA